AUGACCGUACCUCCCGAUUGCCAGCAUAGAGGACUCCUGAUUGUGGUCGAGGGCCUUGACCGCUCUGGUAAAUCCAGUCAAUGCCAACGACUUGUCGAGUACUUUCAAUCGAACGGCAAGAAAGUAAGAUAUGUCAAGUUUCCCGACAGGACGACGCCCACGGGUCAAAUGAUCAACAGCUACUUGACAGGCCAGGCUCAACAAGAUGAUCAUUCCAUCCAUUUAUUGUUCUCGGCCAAUCGCUGGGAAGCCAUCAAUGGCAUUCAAGCGGACAUUAUGAAUGGAGUCAAUGUCAUUGUUGAUCGGUAUUCAUUCUCUGGAGCUGUCUAUUCCGCCGCCAAAGACAAUCCCGAUUUAUCUCUGGACUGGGCUUGGUAUCCCGAAAUUGGCCUCUUCAAGCCUGACUUAUUGUUCUUCUUGGACAUCUCUUCUACGGACGCCUCUACCCGUGGCGGUUAUGGCUCCGAGAGAUACGAGACAGAGAAGAUGCAAGCCCGCGUCAGGGCUCUGUUCAACGAGCUGUUCACGAGACUCGAUGGUGUUUCAGUUCAUGUCAUCAAUGCGGGAAGAACGAUGGACGAGGUCGCGAAUGAUAUUCAGGCGACAGUCUUGCAGUUAUCACCGACCAAUACCGUGCUGGGUCAAUUGCAGAAAUUGGGACCACUGCUUGCGGAGGAGUGA